GUGCCGAUGAUAUAACAACCCAUGUAUUAGUCUCCCAUGGUGGGCGACGACUUCAAGUCAACUAACUCAAUCUAAUUAAUUAAAGUCAUUACGGUGCCUUCCUUGAACCUCUGUUUCAGAAAUCAGAACCACUGAAACUUAGCCAUGCUAUCCAUGAUCUACCUCCUUCUCCACCUGCUCACGACAACUACCUGUUCCGGUGGAUCGCCGGCUUACACUCCCCCCGAUCACAUCCUUCAUAACUGCGGAGGAGCAUCGAAGCAGGAUUCCAAUGGCCGCAACUGGACAUCUGACGCCUACUACCCUGAAUGCCUUCUACCAGAUGAGCCAGAUAUAUCAGUAACUUACAAGGGUAAGGCUGUAGCAGCAGGUAACGCAUCUAUCCCCGAUGUCCCAUACAGCUCCGUCCAUAUCUUCGUAAACAAGUGCACUCGCUCUUACGCUGUUUCUCCUGGCCCAAAGUUCAUCCGCCUCCACUUUAGCCCUAAAACCCAUUACUCCGUUCCCGGCUUCAGUCAGCAGCCGGAAGAUUCUUUCUUCUCUGUUAACGCUAAUGAGUAUACUCUCAUGGCUAACUUCAGCGCCUUUCUCACCCUCUCGGAUGCCUCAGUUGUUGAAAAAGAGUAUAUUGUAAAUGUGGAUGCCAAUCGACUCGACAUUACCUUCACUCCUUCUCCUAACUCUUUUGCGUUUGUCAAUGGAAUCCAGAUCGUUUCCAUUCCCACAGGCUAUUACAUUGGGGGAGAAGCCGCCGGCGUUGAUGACAACCCGAUAAAGUGGGUCCCCGGGAACAAUAACUAUUUUAUCUUCAACAACACAGCUCUUGAGACUCUGUACAGGCUGGAUGUUGGGGGACCUAAAGUUUUUCCGGUGAAUGACACCGGCAUGGACCGAACCUGGUAUUCAGACGACAAUUAUGUUACCGGUUUAGGAUAUUUUACUCCUCCCUUGGAUGUCAACAUCACCUACACUUCAUAUACGCCGGCGUACUCUGCACCUGAGAUAGUAUAUACUACCGCCAGGACAAUAGCCAAUGACAGCAAUGUUGUCAAUUGGACGUUUCCGGUGGAUUCAGGGUUUUUAUAUCUUUUCAGGCUCUAUUUUUGCGAGUUUGCGAUCGAAAUCGAUAGCGGCAAUGAACGAGUUUUCUCGGUGGACAUAGCAAAUAUAACGGCUGAUAGCCGUACUGAUGUUUUUUUAUUGGCAGGCGGCUCCAAAAUUCCGAUCUUCAGGGACUAUCUGGUGAAUGUGCCGGAUAUGGAUGGUCGCCGGAAUAAGCAGAAUGUUUCGUUUGCUAUAAGGCCUAACAUGGCAACCCGACCUGUGUGGGCGAAUGCGCUCUUAAACGGAUUAGAGAUUUUCAAGUUGAAUGAUACGCAAGGGAGCAUGGCAGUGGGGCCCAAUCUUGAGCUGCCUGUACAAAUCUCUGGCAAGAAAGCCGUGUUGGAUAAUAUUGCAUUUUAAGUGACUAUUUUAUGGUAUAAAAUAUGGAAAUUCACUUCCAAUUUAAUUGGGUUAAAGUGGAUUUGACUCCG